AGAAAAAAAAAAAAAGCUCGGAAGGCCGAGUCAGUGAGUGGACUUAAAAAGAGGGGAGGAAUGCGGAGCGGGAGAGGACUUCGCCGUCGAGGCCGGUGGCGAUCGGAGCUGGUGCUGGGAGAGCGGACGCGCGUGGGAGCCCUCCUCCUGCGGCCAUGGCGAACGGGGAGAGCGAGGACCCCGAGCUGCUCCGGGGCGCCAAGCCGGAGCCGGAGGGAGGCGCCGGGACGCCCAACGGGGCCCUGCCGGGCUCUCCUUCUCCUCCCUCCGCUCCCGAGGUGCGGCUCUGCCGUCGGCGCUGGCUGAUCGUGCUGCUCUUCAGCUCGUACUCCUUCUGCAACUCCUUCCAGUGGAUCCAGUACGGGAGCAUCAACUCCAUCGUGAGCAAGUUCUUCGGCGUGAGCGCCUUCGCCAUCGACUGGCUCUCCAUGUGCUACAUGGUGGUCUACAUCCCGCUGCUCUUCCCCGUGACCUGGCUGCUGGACAAGAAGGGCCUGCGCCUCAUCGCCCUGGCCGGCGCCGCCCUCAACUGCCUGGGCGCCUGGGUCAAGACCGGCAGCGCCCGCCCCCACCUCUUCCCCGUCACCGUCCUCGGCCAGGUGGUCUGCUCCCUCGCCCAGGUCUUCAUCCUCGGCAUGCCCUCGCGACUCGCCUCCGUCUGGUUCGGGCCCCGGGAAGUCUCCAGCGCAUGCGCCUUCGCUGUCUUCGGCAACCAGCUUGGUAUUGCAGUGGGUUUCCUUCUCCCUCCAGUUCUGGUUCCCAAUUCGGAUGAGAAGGAGGAGCUGGCCUAUCACAUUCGCAUCAUGUUUUUUAUGACUGCAGGUGUGGCAACGUUACUCUUCAUCUUAGUUGUCUUUGUUUUCCAGGAAAAACCUCCCUAUCCUCCAAGCCGGGCCCAGGCCAUGAUCCACUUGGCAGCACCUGAGGAGUAUUCCUACCUGCAGUCUAUUUUGCGACUGUUUCGCAAUGUCAACUUUAUGCUGCUGAUAGUCAGCUACGGCUUGAACGCAGGAUGUUUCUAUGCCCUUUCAACAAUGCUGAACCGUAUGGUGGUGCUGAAUUAUCCAGGAGAAGAAUUGAAUGCUGGCAGAAUUGGCCUCACUAUCAUAGUGUCGGGCAUGAUUGGAGCUUUGAUUACCGGAAUCUGGUUGGACAGAACCAAAAUGUAUAAGCAAACAACCCUGGUGGUUUAUAUUAUGACAUUUGUGGGAAUGGUGAUUUACACAUUUACUCUGGACCUAGGCUACAUCUGGGUGGUCUUUGUGACUGCAGGUGUGCUGGGUUUUUUUAUGACAGGUUACCUGCCACUGGGCUUUGAAUUUGCUGCUGAAUUGACAUACCCAGAGUCGGAGGGGACGUCAUCGGGCCUUCUCAAUGUAUCUGCACAGAUUUUUGGAAUCAUUUUCACAAUUAGCCAAGGACAGAUCAUUGAUGACUUCGGGACUCGAGCAGGAAAUCUCUUCCUCUGUGCCUUCCUGUUUGUCGGCACUAUUAUAACAGCUUUCAUCAAACCUGAUCUCCGGAGACAACAAGCCAAUCUAGAAAAUGAGCACACUAGACUCCAAGCCAGUAACAGUCAGAUAAUGAAUUAUGGAAUUGUUCCUUAACCCCAGCAUUUCCCAUCCCUGCCCAAUAACCCCCAAUUAAAGAAGAAAUUGGGAGACAUGCCUUUAGACCAGCGUAAUACCACUAUAUGAGGACUCAAAACUUGAAAGUGUUUGGUGGCAAAAUGAGGAAGUGGUGAUACUGCUGCUGCCAUUGGCCUCUGUUGACAUCUCUACCAUUUGCACCUCACAUAUGUAGUGGACCAGCCCCCAAGUCAAUCCACAUGUGCUAUUUAAGUUGCUGAGGAAUGAGAUCAGCAGGUCUUGAGUCACCUCCAAUGCGUGAACCAGCUUCUUUGCCCUGAAGGUAGCAGUUGACUUGUCUUGGGCACUGCAGCUGACUCCUGAAUCCAGCAUUGCUUCAGUUAUAUACUUGAUGGACUAAGAACUACUCUCUGAUCAUCCAUGGAUGUGUUCUGUAGACACUCAGAACAGGAUGCGAAAUGGAUCGAGAGGAAGAUUCUUGCUCCUCAGGGAGAACUAGAAAGCCCUUGCUCUGUGAGCAGACCUAAAUGAAGUUCAACCCUCGACUUUCCCAUAGAGGACCAAUGACAGCGGGAACACAACUCUGUUGAGAGAGCAUUUUUUCAAUCCAGUCUAGCAGAUACGUAUUUUUAAAUUAACGAGCCAUCCAGUUCUUGUGGGUUUUUUCGGGCUAUAUGGCCAUGUUGAACGAGCCAUCAUUUUUAAAUGCAAAAGCUCUAUUUUGUACCCUCUCUAAAAAUGCUUGGGGGCAAUUUGUUUUAAGCAAUACUGGGAAAUCACAUUCUUCCAUAAGCAAUACUGGGAAAUUGUAUAUUUUCUUCCAUAGACUCAUGUUGUUGGGAGAGAUCUCAUGGGCCAUCCAGUCCAACCCCCUGCCAAGAGGCAGGAAAAUUGCAUUCAAAGCACCCCUGACAGAUGGCCACCCAGCCUCUGUUUAAAAGCCUCCAAAGAAGGAACCUCCACCACACUAGAUAUCAUUUGGCCCUAUUAAGGUAUAGCUUUUUUACAGUUAAUUGGGAUGCAGAAAUAAAACAAGGUUUCCACUUA